AUGGUGGAGAUGGUGGGAAUAAUGGAGAUGAUGGAGAUGAUGGAGAUGAUGGAGAUGAUGGAGAUGAUGGGAGAUGAUGGAGAUGAUGGGAGGUGA